AUUGAUUUUUGUUUAAUUAUCACGUUUAUCACCAUGAAGCGAUCUGAUGAAUCGGAAAAACAACACGAAAUGGCUGAUCAACAAAUGCCAUCCUUUUCCCAAAGUUAUCAUAGUGAAUCUUUUUUGAAAAAAGUUCAAAGACGAAAUGAAAAAUUUUCAACUUUUGUCAAUAAAGUUUUGAAUCGCAAUGCACAAGUCUCGGAUUCAGAAUCUCCUGCUGGGAGUUCUGCUGAAACUAUAAUUAAUAAAUAUCACGUUGAACCUGGAAUUAUAUAUGAUGAUGAUGACCUUCAAAAAUAUGCAUCUGAUAGCGAUGAUGGUGAUGAUGAAAUCGUACAUCAAGAAUCAACCAUUGAAUUUGAAAAUUUUUCUCGGAGAAUCGAAAUGAAUGAAAUGGAACGUAUUAUGAUAAUUCUGUUGCAUCAGGCAAGAUUCAAUACCACAAACAAAGAGAUUGAAAUCUUUUCUAAAUCUCUAAACAACAUGGCAUAUCGUCAUUGUUGCACUACUGGUGGCGAACCUAUUGUAUCGUGUUCGGACUGGGACACCAUAAUUACAAAAGUCCCAAAUUCGUUUACGCCUACAAUUUAUAAAUAUUUUUAUUCGCAAUGUGGAGAUAUCAUUGGGCCAGUUAACGAAUUAAAUAUUCCAACAACUUGUUGCUACAGUCAUGAAUCUUGUCGAAUUAUUCCAUCACAAAAAAUGAAAAGCGAUUCUUCAUCAUUUUUUUGUUACAUCCCUCUCUCCAAGUGGCUUCAUCAUCAAAUUCCAUUGUAUUAUUCAAAAUUGAGAAUUACACGCCCGAAAGAAAGUAAAUUUUUCCACGAUUUAUCCAAUUCAGAACGAUAUCGCCAACUCGUAACAUCAUCAUCAUCAUGUUCAAUUCCUACCCUAACUUUGACAUUGACUUGGGACGGUGUAGCUUACACAAACGAUGGCUCUCAAAGUAUGUGGCCACUUUGCGCCUAUUUAAAUGAACUUCCUUUUCAAGAACGUAUAAACAAUCCUAUGCUUAUUGCACUUCAUUCUGGUAGUUGUAAGCCAUCCUCUGAUAUCGUUAUAAAGCCACUUGUUGAUGAACUCGUCUCAUUGUCCACCGAUCCAAUAAUUAUCGAUGUUGAUGGUAAUGAAAAAAAGUUUUUUGUUAAACUUCUUCUAGCAAUUGCAGAUGCACCAGCACGAGCCGUUCUUUUAAACAGCACACAAUUCAAUGGUUAUUACGGAUGCCAAUGCUGUGAGAUUAAAGGCACGUAUGACAAUGAUUUCAAGUCAAUGUUGUAUAUACCAAAUAGAAAAUACGACAAUUCUUUAUCAUUUGACUUCAAACUUCGGACAAAUAUAAGCUGGCGGAGCAUUGCCAGUAAUAAUCGUGGAAAGUCAACUAUGGGCAUCAAAGGAAAUUGCCAGCUUAUGAAAUUAUCCUACGUUGACAUGUCGAUAAUAUGUCCACCGGAAGCAAUGCAUUCCCAAUAUUUGGGUACGGUGAAGAGUAUCAUCAAUAGAUGGUUAGAUGAUGAUUUGGCUACGAAAAGAUGGUAUCAAGUAUUACCAAACGAAAAAAAAAAUGAAUUGAAAACAACAAAAUUAAACAAAACACAAUUGAGCAUUGUGGAUGAACGACUUUCAUCAAUUAAAUUUCCUGAAGGUGUUCUGAAAGCGAUGCCUCAAUUGUCGCAAAAACGAAAUUUAAAAAGUAUGGACUAUGAACUUCUUCUAUUUUAUGGUUUCAUAUGUUUUGAAGGAAUUGUUGAAAGAGGAAGAUGCGAAAAUUUCAAACAAUUGGCAUUUAUUCUGUCAAAAUUAUCAUCACGUAUGAUAUCAAAAAUGACGGAUUUACGCCAUGUUGAUUCUGAAAUUGCAAAAUUUUUCACAUCAUUCGACCAAGUAUAUUCAAGCAAGGAAAGAUUCAUGUGGAAAAUCAACGUCCAUUUUCUCGCUCACUUUCUGGACAUGGUAAAAAAUUAUGGGCCCCUUCCGGUUCAGACCGCAUAUUUUACCGAGAACACAAUGGGGCUCAUUGCAAAACGCGUCAAGACUGGGACAAACGUAACUCAACAAGUUAUGAAAAAAUUUCUGACCUACCAAUCCAUCAUUUCGUCUUGCCGAAACAAUACAUCUCACAUGUCAGAAAUGUUUCUAAAAUCUCUCUACAAUUAUAUGCCGAAACUGUGUCCAAACAACACACCCAUCAAAGUUUUCCAGGAAGUGUAUAAACCAAUCGGUGCAGAAAAUAAAUUACUUGGCCAAGGCACAUUUCAAUCUCAAAAACGAAUACGUAUCAAAGAAAAAAUUGUUUGUACACGAAAUUACAACCAAACCGCAGCAAAAUCGACAAAUAAUCAUUGCAUCAAAACAGAAAUUGGAAAAUAUUAUAUCGUGGAAAAAAUCAUCAAAAACGAUAGAAAUGAAACUUAUUUGAUUUGUAAUGAAUUUUUAAAUUGCCAAAAAUUACUGCUGAGAACAACAGAAAGAAAAUUAGAAAAUUUGCAUUUUUCAUACAUCAAAACAUUUUCAAAGAUUUCUACGAUGACCGUUAAAUUAAAGUGUUCUGAUUUUUUCGAGCUUGCAACAUAUGCAAAUGUAAAUGGCGUCAACUAUUUAUUUGACAUUUUCAACAAACAUUUGUAAUUAUUAAACACAUAAAUAAUAAUGUUUUUGUUUCAGU